ACGCCAAUGGGUCCACUUCAGUUGUCCUGCAGACGGUGCUACAGCGCGCAACUCCCGCUACGCUGAGUGCUGAGACCCUCGCCCCAGUCCCUUUCCCUCAUCCGUCGCAAGCUGCUUGCAAAAGGUUUCCCGUUCCUUCACAUCACCAAAACCACCCCCAUCUGCUGGCCGCCUCGAUUUUCAUAGCACCCGGCCGCAACCAGACAAUUUCAUCCCCUUACACGCCUUACGCUCUCCAUCUUUCAUCCUUUUCUCUUCUACCCCCCCUCGUCGAUUCGACAUAUCCCACCUUUUAUACUUGGCCAUUUACACAAAGCCCAUUGUCGCAUACGCCUAGCGCACGCGACAACGUCUCCCAUUGCCUGCUCGCACUACCGCCAUCCACAACGCAGCGACAUUUUUCUUGUUUGAAUACUUUGGUUUGUAUAAUUGAGUUGCAUUACUAACUACAGAAAUAUUCACUACCACAAAGCUUCCCCUUGGACCCUGCUUCGCCAUGUCGUCGUUCCCCCGUCAAUUCUCUGAUUCGCCCGUCCUCGCUCUUCCUCCACAGAGUUCGUCAAUGGCCAUGCCGCACUUCAAUCCUCACAAUGUACGCCUGCCCAUGCCAAUGGACAGCGACUCUGCACAACAAGAAAGUCGCCCUACAAGAAAACGAUCGCGUGAUGCCGCUGCUGAGAACCUGGAUCCUGAAGCACCGUCACCGGAGCCCAUUGAGUCGCAAGAGGAAUGGGUCUACGGUCCCGGCAUGGUUCUCAUCAAGCCCAGCACGGGCUAUGUCGCCGAUGCCAGCAGCCAAUCCGGCACCUGGAAGGAGGAGAAGGAAGCUGAAGAAGCCAAGAUUCGCCAGCAAAAAAUCCUCGAUGCUGCCGAUGUUCGCAACGUCAAGGCGCAGCGCCUCGAUCUCAGCGCCGCCAACAACCCAUUCACCAAUAACGUCGAGGUUCUUGGCCGCCCACUCCCCGGCAUGCCUGUUGUAUCGCCGCGCGCCAGUCCUGUCAUUGACGACUUUACCAUGAGUCUGGGCAUUGGCUGGCGCCGAAUUGGCGAGGACACACACCUCCAGGCGGCGGCCAAGGGCUGGGGCCGCUACAUCGCAAACCACUACCCUCUAACCAACGUCAAAGUUGUGCUGGAGAGCAAGGGCCUAGAGUCAUAUCUUGUCGAGUCCGACCAAGGCUACUUCCUUUUCGCCGAGGACCUUCGUCAGGGUCGCCUCGUCAGCCAAGAUGUCGAGGUCGCCAUGCGCCAUCUGCAGCACACGCCACCGCGCUUCGACGGCCCCAAUGCCAUUCUGGCUACCGAGAUCCCCAGCGGCGUCGCACAUAGCGAUGACAACGAUGUCAGCAUGGAAUAAGGCAUUUCUCGCGUGGCACUUUCACCUUCCUUGUAUCUUCCUUUUUAUUUUUAUCACUUCUUCAGCAAAUCACUAGUUCUGCCGAUGGGAAAUACAGCACCCACGCUCUUUCAUGCGGAGGAGGAGCAGGACGCGCAAACAAGACAAAGACAACCGACUGCAUGCAGCUGUAGACGGGCGUCAGUCGCAGGGGCAGCAACGCAAAUUACAGUACCUCUGGAAUUCCUCCCGCUAAAAAUAUAUAUAUAACUUAUAAUUAAAACAUGAAUAAAAACAUAAUAAUUUCUAA